AUUUGCUUCCUGGUUCAGGCCUGAGGGGGAGAGCCUGCCAGAAACUCCGGGGUGCCAGUAGGAGAUGGCUGUGCCACCCUUCCAGGGCAGGAAGCUAAGAUCCAGCUUGCCGCCCCACUAUUAUGAGGGUUACUUGGAGAAGAAGGCGCUAUGGGAAAAAGAAUACAAGAAAUUCUGGGCUGGCCUUCGAGGCCUCACUCUUUAUUUCUACAAUACCAACAGAGAUAUCCAGUACGCUGAGCUCCUCGAUCUGGCCGAUUUUGUCUCUCUCGCGGAUGACAAUCCCCCAAGAAUGGUGGCUGCGUGGUCCACAGAGGGGGCCAAGUUGACCCUGAGAAUGAAGAGUCAAGAAGUGAAAUUAAAGAUGGAAAGCUUGGAGUCUCGGGAGAUGUGGAAAGGAUUCAUUCUCACGAUGGUGGAGAUGAAAAUCCCUUCCGGCCUGGCCUUGCUCCCUGGUCACAUCUACAUGCUCUCUGAAGCUCUUGAGAAGGAGAGGGAGCAGCAAUUGAAGACAGCUCUGCCUGAGUCACGAGGUUUACCCAAUGCCAAGAUAACGGGACACGUCUUUCCCCCCGGAGGAGAGGCACCUGAGGCAACAUAUCCAGACUGUUUUUUCAGGGUCUCCCGGACAGAGGCUGAGGUGCUUCUGGAGAAGAAUGAGAGCUGUGGGAACAUGCUGCUGCGCCCGGGAAGCGAUGGCCGGAGCAUCUCAGUGACCACUCGCCAGGUGGUGAGUGGAGCUGUCAUUCUAAAGCACUAUAAAAUCAACCAAGUUGGCAGUCAGUACAUCAUUGAUGUUGAGGAUCCGUAUUGCUGUUCCUCUCUGGCAGGUGUGGUGGAAUUCUUUGUUAAAAGCAGCAAAAAAACCCUGACCCCCCUGCGACUUGAUGACAGCUAUGCAGACACUUUGGCGUUUGCGUUGACAGAUAAUGAAAACGGGGAGAAAACAUGGACUGUCUCAAAGCCCUCCCGCCUGCCUGAUAUCCCCCCACUGUCUUCAAGAGCAGCUGCCACCGAGCGAUCAAAACCUUUGCUGCCUCCCAGAGGCCGACCACCAAUAGCUCCUCCACCUCUUCCACCUGUUUCGCCAGGUCAAGCCCCUCGAGCCAGCCUGCCUGAGAAUGAGUACAUGGUGGAGGAUGAACCAGAACAGACCUAUGUGAACCCUGAAGAUGAAGCUGAGAUAAGGCAAUCUAAGACGCCCAGAGGAAAAGCCCAUGAUCCACACAGUGGAAUCAAAAGAAGCUGGAUUGCAGGUAGCAAACCACCUCAAGUGCCCCCUGUGCCACCCAGCAAGCCUCCCAAGCCAGACAUCGGUGUGAUGAUGACUCCAAGCAAUCUGACCAGAAGUGCCGGCAUGGAGAAACCUCCCGACGCCUCCUCCCCUCGCCUCACCAUGUCAUUGCCUAGAGGUUUCUCUGUCGGCUUGUCCAAGGAACUAGAAAAAAAGCUUCAGGAACGGAGGGCUACCAUUGAGCUCAGUGAGGAGAGCAUCCCAUACUAAUACUCCGAUCCUGGUCCAAGAAAGGAAGGUCGUGGUUAUGGUGGCCCAGAAGGUUUUUGGCCAAGCCCUCUCUGAAAUCUGCACGUCUCCCAAUCUCUGUUCCACUGAAUCUUCUUACUUGUCAUUAAGUGAUCUUACAUUUCAAGGGACUCCAUCCUCUAAAAGAAAAGUGGUGACUCUCCACUCCAUAACUAAUGAUGAAGGUGGGGAUCUUGUCUGGCAGUGAUAACUGGGCUGGACUUGGACUUUAGAAAUCUCCACCCUUCUUGAACCUGUGGGCUCUCACUGAAUUUUGAAAAAGAGUACCAGGUUGUACCAUACAAUGGCUGCCAGGAGGUGUGGGGCUGAUCACAAAAUGGCUGCCAUAGGAAGUGGGAUUGGCUCUUUACUGUGGGGAAGAGAUAAUGCUUUGUUUCAAUUUCCAAAGAAAGGGGAAAGCUUGCUUUCUUCACAGCCAUUGGAAGAAGUUGGAAAGCCUAGAGCUUUAGGAAAAUCUCUGUGGCAAAAUGGGGGCACAUGGCUGUGAUUCGUCUGCCUGAGAUGAGCUCAGUAUGUUGCCAGUCAGACAGUAGAUAAAGAGGGAUCCAAAGCCCCAUUCAGUUCAGUCAGGAAGACCCCUACACCAAGACUAUUAUAGAAAACAGGCACGUAGGAAGUCAUGCACGGCUGCCACGUUACUUCCAGGUACCACACUUGUCUGACUUUGACCUUCCCUUAACCAUUGGCUGGGCUGCUGUGAUGUCGUAGAAUGUUGCCGUUCUAACUGCCAGAGGAAGCGACUUAUGAGAGAUAUGAAGUUGUAAGGAAGUAUAAGAGAGGCCCAUUUGGCUAGCAGAAAACCCUUCAGCUGAGCCCAGGAAGUGGAGGAGCUCUGAGCAGGUGGUCAUUGUGGUUGGGACACAUGGUGGUCAUCUCUGAACCUAAGCUUGAUUUGAAGUAACCCUCCAAAAUGUUUCGCUACAGCUCUCUAAAGUUUGGUUCACACAUCAACUUAUGCUGUCUUGAUUUUUUACCUCAAAACAGAUGCCAGAGACAAGCAACAUAUCUGAGUUGUUACAAAAAAUCUCAGCUGUUGGAUUAAAUGCUUCAUUCAGUUGUGCAA